GAAUUAGUUCAUUGAUGGUUAAUAACAAGAAGAAGAAAGCGACGAGAGCGUGCUUUAGUUGUCAGAAAGCACACUUAACUUGCGAUGAUGAUAGACCAUGUAAUAGAUGCGUGAAGCGUGGUUUGGCUGAUCAGUGUAAGGAUGGCCAUAGAAAGAAACCUAAGUACAUUAUGGACGAUCAGUUCCAAUCAAAUUCAGCUAAUUCUGAAUAUAACGUCUUAAAUGAAUUACUAGGUUCAAUGGAACCAGCCAAUACUCGAAGAGAUCAAUUAGCUAGUAUUAAUUUACAGCCUAUCAAUCAAUCCAUUGAAAAUCUAGACGUAUACAAUCAAGUAAAUCAAAGGUACCCCUAUGAGCUCGGUUAUAAACAUUUAUUGAAUUACUUGAAGUUCAACAAUCAAUUCAGUCAAUUAGAAAAGUUAAAUGUAUUCAAAGCAUUAGCAGAGUUUAGACCCUCUCUAUUGUCUUUACAACUUAAUUUAAACGAGCAAGAUGAAAUUUUUGCCGAAAAGUCCUUUAAAAGGUCAAUUUUGGACAUUGAUAACUUAAUUAAAUCUAUAAGUGCACCAACAGUUGUUUGGAGAAGAACAGGUGAAAUUAGUUUAGUUGGUGAUGAAUUUCACUAUAUCACCGGUUAUGAUAAAAACCUUCUACUGAAUAAACCAACGUAUAUCUAUGAAAUAAUGGAACCUACUUCCGCAGUUGAAUAUUGGCAACAAUUCUCAAAGCACGCUUUUGAUUCAACUAGUCCAACAGUAAACUCUCAUUGCAUUCUAAAGCAUGCAAAUGGUAGUCCAGUACCUUGUACCUUCUCAUUCACGAUAAGGAAAGACAUAUUCGAUAUUCCAUCUUAUGUUAUUGGUACGUGGUUACCAAUUUUACCUCAUGAACCCGAUGAAAGCGAUGACAUCAAGUUUGAGAGUGAUGAAUAUGAAAUUGAUCAAGAUAUCGAGGAUAAAUUUAUUGAUCAGCAAAGUUUCAUUGAGCCCAAUGCGAUUUAUCAGAAUGACCCAGUAUAGUAAGACAAAAGCAAUUAAACUUAUUGUUGUUGUAAUAAAAGAUAAAAAUGAUCAUGUAUUUUGAAAAUAUUUCUAUUAGUCAAAUUAAACCUCCUCAACUGGUGCAUACUCUGAUUCAACUCCAGGUUCUAUAAGUGCAGCGUGACCAAGGAUGAGAAUAGUACUACUACCAACAAGCCAAAAUAAGAUUGAGAGUGGUGCUGCAAUCCAAAAGAGUACUAAACCAAGGACGACGAGUACACCGUACAAGCCUUUUUGUGUAAUAACGUGCUCUCCAACUUGUAAUGGAUCAGCGGCGAACCGUUGAAUAGCUGUGAAACCUCCAACAAUAACACCGAUGGCAAUAAGUAAGAAUGGGUUAGUGAGUAGUGCGCUAUUAAUGAUAUCAGGAUAUAAGAUAAUACGUUAAAGUUAACUUACUAAACACUCAGAACCGCUCUAGAAUGGGUUUAGUGUUAUGAUAUUUGUCGGAUAAAAGUCAAAACUCACACUACAACCUAAGAGUUAUUAGUGAGAAGUGAUAGUGAAUUGAAUAUGACAUACACCAUAGUUACCUGAAAAGUGACGAGUGUUGUAUGUAAUUCUCUAUAUAUUCAACUAAGUCGUGUUCCCAAAUGAAGUGAUCACUCACAGAUGUAGCUUCAUUCAUAUCUGAAGGGCGACUAAGCCUGUGAUGAUCAAAGAACUCAUUCACUGGUCUGAGUCUAGAUAAUCUUGUUUCCUAUUGAUAUUUUAUAAGAAACGCAAUUAUCUCAUUGAAUGAUCAGAGACUCACUCUUAUGUGCUUGACUAAUGAUAUAGGUUUAAGCAAUUUAAAUUAUAUUUACUCUAUUACUACUAACCUGUUUCAAUUACUUUACCCGCGUAUUCCAUUAAAAC